UAUAUUGGUCUUUCCACAAGAGAAAAUCCAGGACUUUAGAAGGCUCUAAUCUACCCAAGAAUUCGAAAACAAAGCGAAAAGACUGAAGAAAAGGAAAAAGGUAUGAGAUUGUUAACUCACAACAUGUUGUCAUCGAACAUCAAAGGGGUAACUAACGGUUUCCCUCUGAAGAUCCAAGUGGAGAAAGUGGUGGAGAAGCAAGUCGAGAUCAAUCACGAUUUCCUUAGGAACAUAUUUCCGAAGAUCGACUGGAAAGCCUUCUCCGAUGCUUCCAGAAUCAUGGGUUACGACGAGAUGCCGGAGGAGCCGCCGGAGCCGUCGGUGUUGGAGUCGAACGUCGAGUUUUUGGGGAAGUUCCAUCAUGCCCUCUUGGAACUUCAUCUCGAGGAAGGUGCGCUCCUUUGCCCCGAAACCGGCCGGAAGUUUCCUGUUAAUAAGGGGAUUCCGAAUAUGCUUUUACUUGAGGAUGAGGUUUGAGGAUAUGGUUGGUGGUCGAUACGGCUACGUUUUGGGCAUUGAGGGUUGUUAAUUAGGGUUUUAACACUUGUUUUUUAUUUUUUGCCUUUGUAUGGAGACGAAUUGUGUUGAUUCUA